AAUAAUGAUUAUAAGCUGUUCAGUUAUGUUACCCAAAAAAAACAAUAGGUGAGACCGAAGGGCACAAGUAUUUCAUGCUGGCCAAUAGUUGGGCACUGUCACUACUCAAUACCACUAGCACAGUAGCACUGGAAGCUUGCUAUGCUUCAGUGUCGCUAAUUUACUCUUUAAUGGCGCCUCUUCCCCCCUCACACACUGCAUGCCUUCCUCUACCAGCAUAUUCAGGAAAUGGUAAAGUUCAUGACACCUUCACAUUACCAGUUCCGAUUUAUAUUGUUACCCAUGCAUCUCAACUUCCCAAGGAACUUUUGCAUCCGUCUCCUGAUAAGCAGUUGGUUAUUGGAUUCGAUUGUGAAGGUGUAAAUCUCUCACGUUAUGGAGCUCUUUGCAUUAUACAGAUUGCCACAUCAAACGCCAUAUAUAUUGUGGAUGUUACCGUUGGAGGCAAGGAACUAAUAAAUGCUUGUAAACCAGCUAUUGAGUCUGCCUAUGUCACCAAAGUUAUUCAUGAUUGCAAACGAGACAGUGAGGCAUUAUAUCAUCAGUUUGGCAUCAAGCUAUACAAUGUAGUGGAUACACAGAUUGCAUAUUCCCUUGUUCAAGAACAAGAAGGUUUGGCUCAACCAGCAGAUGAAUGUGUUUCCUUCAUUGGCCUGCUUGCUGAUCAUCGCUUUUGUGGGAUAUCUUAUCUGGAAAAGAAAGAUAUACGCACCCUUCUUAUACAGGAUCCCAUGUACUGGACUUACAGGCCCUUUACAGAACAGAUGAUUAAUUCUGCUGUAGAUGAUGUUCGCUUCCUUCUCUAUGUUUAUCAUAUGAUAAUGGAGCAACUGAAUGAACAAUCGCUGUGGAAACUUGCAGUUCGUGGUGCAUUACACUGUCGCUGUUUCUGCAUUGUCAACAAUAGAUAUGCAGAUUGGCCAUCUAUCCCUUCUGUUUCAGGUGACUUUUUUCCAAGUGGAAAAGUUCCUGAGCAGGAGAUACUAUCUGUGAUUGAUGUUCCAUCCGGGAAAAUGGGAUGCAUUAUUGGAAAAAAGGGAGCUACAAUCCAGUUCAUAAAAGAAUCGUGCAAUGCUGAAAUUUUCAUUGGAGGUGACAGAGGUCCUUCUGACAAAGUCUUCAUCAUAGGACCUACGAGACAAGUGAGGAAGGCAGAAGCCAUGCUAAGAGGUAGGAUGUGUGGCUAACCAGUUUUCAAGCUGGUGCUUUCACUAAUAUCGCAGUAUCUAUCACUAACUUGCAAAUCCCUCCUAAUUGAUGCUUUACAUAGGCUGUAGCGCAUGACUGAUCCAUGAAUAUGAAGAAAAAAAAAUGUAAGAAAUGAAUGAUGAUUAUUAUCAAAAAGAAUUCCAAAACGCUAGGAGUAUUAAUGAACGGUAAAUUGUGAUAUUUAGGCUUAGAUCCUAGCAUUUACAUACUGAACUUAAUGCAAGUAUUCUGAAACAUGUAAACAUCAUUAGAAAAUUGAAGAGAAGAGUUAUAAA